UCCGCUUAGGCUCCCAGGCGGCCGGCUCGGCGCUCUCGCGGUGUGCAUUGCCCCAGAGGCACCGGGAGAGCCGGGAAUGGGACAGGGGUGUCUGCGGGGCCCUUCCCGGCCCGAGCCACGUGCCCGCACCUGGUCCCUCAGGAGCCCCGCCCGGCCCGAGCCCUCCCCGCCCUCCCUGGCACUGGGCAUGCCCCGCUGCAGGGCUAUAUAAAGCCUGAGAGCCUCUAAUCCCCGGCCAUUGGUACCAAGCACAGGGCAGCCCCGGCCAGCCCCGCCCGGCCAGCGAGCCGCGCCGCCCCCUGCUCACCCAGCCACUUCAUCUACAAGAUGCUUUCCUUAGACCAGCUACGCCCAGAUCUGGCCCACCCUGCAGGCUCCAAGGACCUGGAGGAAGAAGGGGAUCAGCAUGGGGGCCCAGAGCUGCCCCCAAGAGGCCCCCUCCUGGGCUCUUGGCGCCAGGAUGUGAGCCUGAACUGCAAGAGCUCCCCUGAAGACGGUGCUGCCCGGGCAUGGACCACCUUCUACUACAACUUGUUGCAGAGCUGCUUGCAGCAGGCAGGCCUGCCCGAGACUGUGGACCGCACUCUGGAGCCUCGUCAGGGCUGCCCUGGGAUGGAGGUGACCAUGUGCCUUCUGGGCUCCCCAAGUUCCUUCUUCUCUGUGCUGCUGGAGGGCGGGGCCCAGAGCCCAGGGAACCUGCUCUUGUGUCUGUCUCCGUCCUGGCUCACCAAAGUGCCCGCGGCCGGAAGACCAGCGGAGGCGAGCCUGCUGGUCUCCAAGGCUGUGGCGUUCCACCCAGGGGGCCUGACCUUCCUGGAGGAGUUUGUGCCCCCCCGGCGGGUCACCUACUUCCUCGGGGAGCUGGGCCCCCGGGCCGGUCGAGGCCGGGAGGUGGCCGAGCUGAGCAGGGAGGUGGGCUGCCCCCUGGGAAGCUCGGCGGAGCUGGCCCGCCUCCUGGAGGACCGGCUGCUCACCAGGCAGCUCCUGGCCCAGGGGGGCAAGGUGGCCGUGCCUGCCACCCUGGCCCUGACCUACAAGCCCCCCCAGCAGCUUCGGGGCCAGGCCAGCACCCAGAACCUGCGUCGGGUGGAGCUCAGCGGCAAGGAGGGGCAGGAGGGGCUGGUGGAGGAGGAAGUGGAGACCUUUCUCCAGCUUGGCACCCUGGGAGAUGCCCACCAGGUGGCAGUGAAGCCCGGGGGCUGGCGCUGGCAUGGGAGCCAUGCCAUGAGCCUGCAUCCCAGGUCUGAUCCGGGGGCCGUGGUACGAGCUGUGCUGGCCCUGCUGGAGAAGCUGGAGGAGGAGGAGAGCAUCCUCGUGGAGGCUGUGUGUCCUCCAGUCCAGGUCCUCCAGCCUGCAGCCUCCAGGAGCCUCCCAUCCCAGCCGGAGCUGGCCAUUCGGGUCUGUGCUGUGGUGUGCAGGACCCAGGGGGACCGGCCUCUGACCAGCCAGAUGGUGUGCAGAGUGGGCCGGCAGGAGCAGCCCCUGCGGCACCAGGCCGCCCUGCCUCAAAGCCUGGACACUGCUCUGGCCGCCUGUGGGUUGAGCGAGCCCGCCACAGUGGAAGCGCUGCGGCGCCGCGUGCAGGAAGCGGCCGAGGCUGCGCUGGACGCCGUGCUCGCGCUGGAGGCCACGCUGAGCCCGGAGCAUCGGGGCGGCCGCCAAGCACAGACCGAUGUCCUAGGCGUGGACAUGGCGCUGACGCCCGUGGGCCCAGGAGGCUCGCUGAGCCCAGUGCUCCUGGAGCUCAACAGCAGCCUGUGCCUGGAGGCCUGCGGGCUCUUGGAGGGCCAGUGGGCUCGGCGCGGCCAGCGCUGCCAGUGGGCGGCCGCGGGGCCCCUGGUGGAGACCAUGCUGCGGCGCUCGGCGCGUCACCUCAUGGAGGGAAAGCACCUGCUGGUGGUGGGCGCAGGUGGCUACAGCAAGAAGUUCGUGUGGGAAGCGGCCCGGGACUACGGGCUCAAGCUCCACCUGGUAGAGUCGGACCCCAACCACUUUGCCUCCCAGCUGGUCCAGACGUUCAUCCACUUCGACGUGACCGAGCACCGGAAGGACGAAGAGAAUGCCCGGCACCUGGCAGAAGUCGUGCGGGCCCGAGGCCUGCAGCUGGACGGCUGCCUCUCUUACUGGGACGACUGCCUGGUGCUGACAGCCUUGCUGUGCGAGGAGCUGGGCCUCCGCGGCUGCCCCCCCGCUGCCAUGAGCCUGGCCAAGCAGAAGAGCCAGACGCAGGCUCACCUGCUGCAGUGCCGCGGCCCGCGCUGGCCCGCGCCCUCCCUCUACGCCGUGCCCUGCUGCCCGCUGCAGGCCCCCGACGACGUGGAGCGCGCCGCCCGCUCGGUGCCGCUGCCCGGCGUCAUGAAGCUGGAGUUCGGGGCUGGGGCGGUGGGCGUGCGGCUGGUGGAGGACGCCUCCCAGUGCCGGGCGCACUUCGCCAGGAUCUCCCAGGACCUGCGGGGGGAGGCCGACCACCCGGGCAUCGGGCUGGGCUGGGGCAAUGCCAUGCUGCUCAUGGAGUUCGUGGCGGGCACGGAGCACGACGUGGACGUGGUCAUCUUCUCGGGGAGGCUGCUGGGGGCCUUCGUCUCCGACAACGGCCCGACCCGGCUCCCGGGCUUCACGGAGACGGCGGCCUGCAUGCCCACCGGGCUGGCCCCGGAGCGGGAGGCCCAGCUGAUCCAGGCCGCCUACCAGUGCUGCCUGGGCUGCGGCCUGCUGGACGGCGUCUUCAACGUGGAGAUGAAGCUGACGGCCUCCGGGCCGCGGCUCAUCGAGAUCAACCCCCGCAUGGGCGGCUUCUACCUUCGCGACUGGAUCCAGGAGCUGUACGGGGUGGACCUGCUGCUGGCGGCCGCCAUGGUGGCCUGCGGCAUCCCGCCCGCCCUGCCCGCCCGGCCCAGGGCCCGCGCGCACCUGGUGGGCGUCAUGUGCGUGGUGUCCCAGCACCUGCAGGCGCUGAGCUCCACGGCCAGCCGGGAGGCGCUGCAGGCCCUGCACGAGCGGGGGCUCAUCCGCCUCAACCUGCUGGAGGAGGAGCUGGUGCCCGGCGAGUACGAGGAGCCCUACUGCAGCGUCGCCUGUGCCGGGGGCAGCCCCGGCGAGGCCAGGCAGCGCCUGCUCGGUCUCUGCCAGGGGCUGGGCAUCGACGCCCCCAACUAUCCAGUAGCCCAUUUCUUGUCUCAUUUCAAAUAGCAGUGGGGGGGGGGGUAGGGCAAGGCCGUCCUUAGCUUGGGAAGGAAGGGGGAUUGGGGUCCCAGCCUGGGAAGGAGGGGGCUCCCCAGAGUCUGGAGAGGGCCCGGACCCCUAGGGUCGAGUCUGGGAGGAAGAGGGCAGAGCUUCCCGGAGGCCCCGGCAUUGGGAAGCCAGAGUGGGGCUGGGAUGGGGAACCAAGGCAGAGGGAGAGAAUUCUGGCUAAGAAGGCCCCUCGAUGGGCGAGCCAAACCGGAUCUAUCUGGGAGGCGGUUUAGAGAUCCACCUGGCAGCCCCAUCCUAUCCCAGCCCUCCAGGGCUCCAGGCCCUUCCUUUCCUCCCUCCCCAACCCAGAGUCCUUCCUGAUGCCUGAGGUGCACCUCAGCUUCCCCCAGGAGGAAAAGGCACCCUCUGAGCCUGGGACUGCCGCCCACCCCCUUCUCCCUCCCCUGCUGGCUCUGCCUCCCUCACAACCCCAAGGCCAGAUCAGCUGUCCCUCUUCUCCCCUCCUCUGGGCCUGCCCACUCUCCAAAACAGCCAGGACCCUGGCCAAGGCUCUGCCCAGGCCCUGGGGGGGAUACUGGCCAGGGAGCAUCAGUCCCCUCGGACGUUGCCCUCCUCUGGUAGAGACAUUGUGGCGGGGAGGAGGGUGGCAACAGCCCCCUAAGCCUCCCAACAGCUGGGAGGGCCUAAACUCAGACCCAGGCCUCCUGUCCUCCCCCACCCAGGCCUCAGACCCUGCGCCAACAGACCGGGUGUGGGCACCUUUGGGCGACCUGGAACCGAGAGCUAGAGCAGCCAACACACUAGCCCCUCCCUGGUCUGUCGGCCCUGGGUCAAGUCUUACUCUCAAGCCCAGUGUUAAUAGCUUGGCUGCCCACUGGGACCAUGUCUGCUCCCAGAGUAACCCUCCCCCACUUUAUACCCACUUAUGGCUGCUGGGACCCAGAAACCCUGCAAGAACCCACGGGCUUCUGGGCCCGGGGCUAUUCCGAGAGCCCAAAGUCCUAGAGUGGAAGUGUCAGGCCCAAAUCCGAGAUCUUCAACACUGGCGAGGGCCCUCAAUAACAAGCAACCUCCUCAUUUUAUACAGGGAAACUGAGGCUCACAGAGGGGAAGGGGCUAGGCCAAGGUCUCAGACAGGUCAUGGACCCAGUAGCAUUUAGAACUUAGCAGGAACAGACCUACCAGAGCAUCUAAUCCAACACACUUGUUUUACAAAAGGGGAAACUGAGGUCCAGAGAGGUAUACUGACUUGCCCAUGGUGGGAGCUCCUAGCUCAGGGCUCGCCAACUAAGCUGCCUCUCUUCCUGGGCUCGCCUAAGCUCCAGCCACCCUGGGGGGCCCCAUUUGCUGCUCCCCCUUCUAGUCCUAGAUUCACAGGAAUAUCUGAGCUGCCUCUUUAAGCAAUCGCCUCCUCUGGGCUUAAGUCUCCAUGACGUCAGUCACCCUUUCCUAGGCAACACUCCCAGCAGAGAAGUCACCAGGGGAGCCCACAAGGCAGCCAGGGACCAGGUGGGCUUUGUUUUUCUUUUUAUUCUCUUGCUAUAACACUGGGAGAAGAGGGCCUUGGAAAUAAAGUUGCGGGAAGGGCUCCCCAGUGUGGCCCUGA